AUGGGGAAGCUCCUCAACCCUGCCAAGACUUCCAUGUUGUACGCCAGCCCCAUCGACGGCUCCGUCAUCCACGCGACGGCGAACGGCAAGGCUCCUCACGACAAAGAUGACGACAUGACCGGCCAGGUGCCGCACGGGAAGCACGUGCUGCUCAAGGCCAACUCGCGGAAGAUGCUGAACGCCCUGGGGCUUCGAUCCGAGAUCUUUGAGGCAAACCUGGAAAAGAGGAAGGCGGCGCUCGAGGGACGGGAACUCCCCAAGGAGGGGAAGGUGGACACCCUCAUGGGCUUCCUGCCCUUCGGGAAGAACGGCUUCCGUGGGAGGAGGGCGCGAGAGCACGCAGAAGCUCACAUGGGGGAAGCGACGCUGUCGUUGACCAAGAAGGGCAAUCUGGAGGUGGCUGUCGACGGCAUGACCGUGCUUCGGAAGUCUGGCCCUUCGUGGUUUGGAUUCCGAAAGAGUGACUCGUCGUACGAGCUUCGGGCCACCGAGGAGGGGAUCGUGAUCUCCCGACAGGGGAAGUUCGACUGGAGCGUCAAGGCUGGGGACAUAUUGUGA